AUGACCCUCCACGACAAGAAGGAAGCGUUCCUCAAUCGAGUCAUCCCAUAUCGAGGCAGAAAACCUUUCUUCCUCGAGGUUCGAUCCUCCGAACUCUUCAUUCUGAUCGCUGUGUGCUGGUCCGUCUUCACUGAUGUUUUUCUCUAUGGCAUCAUCGUCCCCGUUGUGCCCUUUGCACUUCAAGAUCGCAUUCAUGUCUCGCGUCAAGAUACUCAGCGCUGGGUUUCCGUGCUACUCUCCGUCUAUGCCGCUGCUUUGUUGGUCGUCUCGCCUAUAUGCGGCUUCGUUGCCGAUCGAACGACGUCACGUCGAGGUCCGUUGCUGUUAGGCUUGAUCGUCCUCUUUGCAUCGACGGUCAUGUUUUGUCUUGGUAAGACCAUCGCCAUCCUAGUAGCAGCAAGGUUAUUGCAGGGAGCUUCAGCUGCGGUAGUAUGGACAGUUGCUUUAGCCUUGCUAGCCGACACUGUGAAACACGAUGAAGUCGGCAAGGCUCUGGGUUACGUUUCGGUUGCCAUGACUUUGGGGGUCCUUUUCGGUCCUAUGAUUGGUGGUGUUGUUUUUGAGAGGUCCGGCUACUAUGAAGUCUUCGCAAUCACAUUCGGUGUGAUUGGACUUGACAUUAUUCUGCGCCUCUUGCUGGUGGAGAAGAAAAUUGCCGCGAGAUGGUUAGAGCCCACUCCCACACCGACCCAGAUUCAGUCAUGUCCGUCAAUCGACCAAGGCUUCGCCCCUUCCAAACUAUCCGAAACCCCUUCUGCGGUCGCCGAGAAAAAUACAAGUAUUGCAGCUACACGGACUGCUGGAGUUCGUCGCAAGAGAAAAAUCCCUUCGAUAUUGAUCCUGCUCAAAUCCCGUCGCCUCUUGGCCGCAUUCUGGGGUAGCUUUGUGACCUCCGUUACCAUGACUGCACUCGAUACCACGAUUCCUUUGUAUGUAAAUCAGAUCUUCGGUUGGGGCUCUCUCGGUGCAGGGUUGGUCUUCCUAGCUCUCCUGGCACCCAAUUUUGCUGGUCCAUUGAUAGGACACUGGACCGACAAGUACGGCCCUCGAUGGAUCUCAGCGAGCGGACUGCUAUUCUCCAUCCCUUUCUGGGUCCUCCUCCGCCUAGUUGACCACGACGGAAUCCGCCAGCAAGUCUUGCUCUGUGGUUUGCUCCUCCUGCUAGGCAUCGCCUGCGCCUUCAUCAUGACUCCACUACUUGCCGAAUUCAGCAAAGUGUGCGAUGCGAAGGAACGCCAACAACCCGAUCUCUUUGCUGGAAAGUCCGUCUACGGGCAGAGUUACGGCAUCUUCAACGUUGCUUGGGCGGCCGGUUCACUUGUUGGACCACUUGUGGCAGCGGCGAUUGUCGACGCUGCGGGCUGGAAGACCAUGACUUGGAGUAUGGCUCUGUUCAGUGCGGUGGGUGUCUUACCGACUCUGCUUUAUUCUGGCGGUAUGAUCAGCAGGAAGAGUUUGCAAAGACCCAGUCCUGAUGAAACGCCUCCUUCCGAGGUUCAUGGCCUGAAUGAUUUGACUAGUUGA